UGCCAGAGAACUGUGCAGUUGGCUUAAUAGUUACUUUAUAGAGAAGUAAAAUGUUGUGCAGGGUGGGGGGAAUUUUACCUUAAGAUGUUCUGCUGAAGGUUUAUGUCCCUUUUUCUUAUUCAGCUAGGUUGAGAAGGGCUGUUGAUCAACUCCUAAUCCAGCUACAGCCUGUACCUUAAAAUCACUCACUCACAUAUGUAACUGAGCCUGGAACAAACACCUUGAGACAGGAAGUUGUUGUUUUCCGGUUUUUGUGUGUGUGUGUUUUUUUUUUUUGAGGAGCAGAGGAAAAUGUGUAGCUUUUACUUUCAUACAUCAAUCCACUUGUUCAAGGCCCAGUUAACGCAGCUUUUAGGCUGGACUCUUGUUAUGCCAAUGGUCUGACCCAUAGCUGAUUCUCCUUUCCUCGUGCAAUGCUUGGGCAGUAUGUAAAGGGAGGGCAUCCAGGCAUGAGGCACUGCACGCUUUCGAAGCCUGUUUGCCUUUUGUGGGCUGCGGCAUCCCUUCCCCCCCCACUACCCCAAUUCUUAAACUGCCUCCACCCGGCCCCAGGCACAGGCAUCGCUGUCUCUCCCUCCCCGAUCCCCGGCAGCGUUAACAACAAACCACACCACAACCUUUAAGGUAUUUCUCCUCAGCCCCUGUCCCUAGAGUACAACUGGGCAGAAGUCACAGCGACGCUACGAGACUUGCCCCAAGUCAGACACGAAGGCCAUAGCUGAGCAGGGAACCGAAGCCAGGGCUCUGCAGGCUACACCAGUCACACAUGCCCCAAUCCCCAUCGCCAAGAACCGGAAGUCACGGCUCCACCGGCUGUCGUGAUGUCACGUGGUCACUUCGCAGCCGUUAGCCGCCCGGUCGGUGUAUACCUCAUUCCCACAGCAGGGAAGCGUUUUGUGGCUAGUCACGUGCUCUGGAGGCGGAGACCGGAAGUGGGCGCCGUGCGGAUGACGUACUCAAAAUGCGCCGCUGCCAAGGCUUCCGGCUCCCAGCCCGCCUCUUGGUGCGCGAGGCAGGUGCCGGGAACAGAGGCGUGGGUGGCGGUUGCCAUGGAGUCGGACGGCAAGGGGGCCUACGUACUGAGUAACCUGGCUGAGGUGGUAGAGCGGAUCCUGAGCUUCCUGCCCACCAAAGCGUUGCUGCGGGCGGCUUGUGUUUGCCGGUUAUGGAGAGAAUGUGCCCGUAGAUUACUGAGAACACAGCAGAGCAUAGCGUGGGUCUCUGCACUUGAGCCUGGCCCAUCUGAUAGUCAUUCACUGGUCCGUGCAUUAGCCGAAGAACUUGAGAAUGUGCAUGUGCUGCCACGAAUAGUGCUCUACAUAGCAGAUGCAGGGACUUUCAUUGGGUAUGAAGAGUGUCACAGACAAAAGAGGGCAAGGAAAAGAAAUAGUAAAGAAACAGCAAUUGCACUAGAAAAGCUGUUGCCAAAACGAUGCCAAGUUUUGGGACUGGUCGCUCCUGGAAUUGUAGUUACUCCAAUGGGCUCAAGCAGCAAUCGACCUAAAGAAAUCGAAGACGGUGAAGCUGGCUUUGCUUUAUUGUUCCCUAAAAUUGAUGGUGUGAAAAUCCAUACCUUCCACUUUUUUAAAGUCUUUGAUGAAAGCAAAUUGACUGAAGCAGGUCUUAAAAAUAAUCCAGAGCUCCGUGUGGUUCUUCUAUUUGUCUACAAUUCUUGGAAGCCGGGAGCUGAUCGGUUUCUUAAUCAGAUAAUCAAUCCUUUAAAUGAAAAAAGUAUCAUCUUGGCUGGGGGGUAUGUGGAGAGCUUGACGUCACUGACCUCUGAGAAUAACACUGAGGCUGGCGAUUCCUAUGGUGUGGUUGGAUUGGCUUUCAGUGGACCCCAGCUACAGAGUGCUGCAGUUUUGUUAGACCAGGAUGUAAUUGAUGAACGGACUGUAGAAGCAGCAAUGCAGCGUCUUAAAGCAGCAAACAUUCCUGAGCACCACACCAUUGGGUUCAUGUUUGCAUGUGUUGGCAGAGGACACCAGUAUUAUAAAACAAAAAGGAAUCUUGAAGCAGAUGCAUUUAGGAAGUUUUUCCCUAAUGUUCCCCUAUUUGGCUUUUUUGGACAUGGAGAAAUAGGAUGUGAUCGAAUAGUCACUGGGAAUUUCAUACUGAGAGAAUGCAAUGACAUAAAGGAUGAUUUACUCCAUGGUUAUACUACAGUUAUGACUCUUAUUCAUCUUGGUUCAACUAAAGCAAACCAAGUUUAAACAUGUUUUUUAAAUACACCAGCUGAGCUACUUUGUUGUUUCCAUUCCAGAGAACUGAAAAAUCUGGAAUGAUGUACAUACAUACUAUAAAAGCACCUUCCAAAAUCUAAAGUAAUCACUUUUGUAUUGUUGUAAAAUCAUGUAGUCAUGAUAGUGUUUAAUGCAGUAGGUAUGGGGACGCUUUGCAUUUUGUGUAAUACUGUGCAAAAGUCAGAACUGCAGGUAAAUGUACAUGUGUUCAAAUUUUACAACAGAAGGAAGCUUUUCUUUCUUUCUCUCAAGGCUAGAAGAGUGCACAAAUGCCAGUGUAGUCUAGUAAAAAUGCUCAACAGUAUAGAGAAGUGAACCAUCAGUAUUUUGAUGUGAUCUCUAGUAUACAUAAAAGCUACUGAUAUGUAUGUGUCCGGUUCCACCUUUACCUGAGUCUUCUCUCAACAGAGAUAUGUACAUUCCAUCCAGAUUUAGAACUGGGCCCUGCCUACAAGCAAUAAUACCUCUUUAUUAGGUCAAAUGAGUGAGAAUAUUUGGGCAAUAAUCAUGAAGUGUGUAUUAAAUAAAAUACAAAAUAUAUGUAAAAGGUACAAUGUCUUCUAUGUUUAGAGAAAAAAGCCAAUUUAAAGGGACACUUAUCAGGUUACAAACUGAGUCCCUUCAAGAACACCUUGGAUUAAAACAAUUUUAAGUAUCUGACAU